UGAAGUUCUUCUAUAUGUACACUCUCAACCUCACCUCAAUUAACUUGUUUGGUGUGGAGGGGUAGAUAUCGUCCAUCGCCAUGAUGGUGAAUGCUUGUUUGUUACGAGUAUUUUUUAAUAGGUUUAAGCCACACAUCUUCAUAAUCUUUACUCAGUUCGGGUACACAUUUUUGUAUUUUUUUACGGAUGCCUCCUUCAAGCAUGGCAUGAAUCCUCAUGUUCACAUCACUUAUCGACAAAUCAUUGCUAUCAUCGUCUUGUUUCCCUUUGCUUAUUUUCUCGAAAGGAAAUCAAGACCAAGGAUCACAGUGGCACUAUUCUUGGAGAUUUUUGUUCUCUCUCUUUUAGGGGUGAGUUUGAGUCUCAACACGUACUUUGCAAGCUUGAGAUACACAUCUCCCACCUUUAUAUCAUCAAUGCUCAACACUAUUCCUGGCUUGACGUUCAUAAUUGCGGUUAUACUCAGAAUGGAGGUUGUUGAUCUUAAACAUCCAAAAGGAAUAGCAAAAGUUAUGGGGACAUUGGUUUCAUUAGGUGGUGUGAUGAUAAUGACUUUCUAUAAAGGACCUAUAAUUAGAAAUAUAUGGCAUCCUUUCAUCCAUAUCCAACACAGAGCUACUAAUUUCCAUGAGGAUUGGCUUAAGGGUUCACUUCUUACUGUUUCAAGCUGCCUUUCUUGGGCCAUUUCCUAUGUUAUGCAGGCAUUUACGUUAAAACGAUACCCAGCACAGCUAUCGCUAACGAUGUGGAUGAACCUGAUUGGAGCAGCACAAGCGGGUGUGUACACAGUGUUGACACAACACAAGCCAGGAGUUUGGAGUGUUGGAUUCAACAUUGAUCUCUGGGCCAUUAUCUAUGCUGGAAUUGUGUGCUCAGGUUUGAUAAUAUAUAUACAAUUGUGGUGCACAGAAGAGAAAGGGCCAGUUUUUGUGACAAUGUACAAUCCGCUUUGUACAAUUUUGGUUGCGCUUUUAGCUUACUUUGUUUUUGGACAAAAGCUUUACUUGGGCAGCAUUGUUGGUGGAGGCAUCGUCAUCAUAGGGCUGUAUUUGCUUUUAUGGGGCAAACAAGAUGAACAGAAGCUUCAAAAUAAGUCAUAAUAGGAAUCCGAUUCAGUUCAUCAAACUUUCAAACAUCCUGAUUUGCAAAUUGGUCCCUAAUCAGCUGCCAAUAAUAAUUAAGCAUAUUUUACAAAAUGAACCUUAGUACGUUUAAUUAUUAAUAUUAUAUAUUCUCUCUCAAAAAAGAGAUAUAUUCUUAAAUUGAAAACUUAUCACUAGGAGUACUAUACCUAAUUUUGUAUUAUUACACUUAAUAAUGUGUUACCAAAACGCUUUCAUUGUAAUCUAGUUUGAAAAAAUUAUUCAACCGACUGUUCUCUGUUAAUUUCAAGGAUGUAUGAUAAAAUCAUUAAUUUUCAAAACGUUAUAUGUAUAUAUCUAACAAUUAUGAAAGAA